AUGGCGCCGCUGUUGGAAUUGCCUUAUGACAUACAAAAUGUUACACCUGAAGAAGAUAAAAUUAUUAAGAAGUGCUUGAUCGGUUAUACAAAACCCUUCGUAAAAUGCGGCAAGGCGGGCUACGUACUACCCGGCUCUUUCAAGAAGCAAGCGGAGGCGAUUUACAACGUGCAAGUUCGCCCUGAUGAUAUUUGGGUCAUCACCUAUCCUAGAUCAGGUACAACAUGGACACAAGAAAUGGUUUGGUUACUGGAAAAUGAUAUGGACUUUGAUUCGGCGAAGAGAUCGCCUUUGUUCGAGAGAUUUCCCAUGUUAGAAUUGACGACCCAAAUCCCUGAAGUGGCAUUUGAGCUGAUAAAAAUAAACUUCAUGAACCUAGCUCACUUCCAGGGGCUGAACCAAGCGGUCAAGUGCCCAAGUUGGAAGUCUUUAGAAGAUGCUCCGUCCCCACGAUUAAUUAAAACCCACCUCCCUCUUUCACUACUACCCCCAAAUUUGUUAAAUACAGCCAAAGUGAUAUAUGUGGCUAGAGACCCCAGGGACUGUAUGGUCUCGGUCUAUUACCUAUACAAGAUGGUAACUAGGAGCUUGAUGAGGGGGACGUUUGCGCAGUUCUGGGAGGCGUUUAGGCGCGAUUUGUUGCCAUGGAUGCCGAUAGUGUCUCACGCGAACGAGGCGUGGGAACAACGUGGCCAUCCGAAUCUUCACUUUAUGUUCUAUGAGGACAUGUUGAAGGAUCUACCAAAAAUGAUACGUGGUGUGAGCGCGUUCCUCAAUCGCGAUUAUACAGACGAACAGAUAAACAAACUCGCGGAACACCUGACGUUCAGUAAUCUGAAGAAGAACAAGAACGUGAAUAACACAGCCGGCGACAGCGAAGUGCAGUUCAUACGGAAAGGAGAGGCAGGCGGCUGGCGGACGCAUUUCGACGCGAAAAUGGAAUUACAAGCAGAAGAAUAUCUUAACGACAGGUUAAGAGGUCUCACGCUUAGGUACCCUACUUUCGAACACGACGAAGAGUGGUCUAGACUGUAAGUUAAGCUUAGGUUAUUAGGUAUUAGCUUAGUGAUUAGACUAAAUAGACUGUAUUAGUAAUUUAUUUUAGUACGAAUGUAGUUAA